AUGAGUGCAAAAAUGACGCAACGUCGUCGGCAACUCGAUAGUAAACGUUCAACGAGUAUAAAUAAUGAACCUACAACUGGAAAUCUUAAUAUAGUUGCAGCAGCUGCUGCAGCCAGACGAAGAAAUCAACAUCGUCAUUUCCCAACAACAAAUCGAUCACGUUUUGAUUAUUUAUUUAAAAAUUUAAUGAAAAAAAAAUUUCCAUUUGCAAUUCCAUCGUAUGUAGUAGCAAUUAUUAUUGGAAUUUUAUUAUCAUUUACUGCCUAUCGAGUCUUUCUAACUAUUAUGGAAUAUCGUGGUCAUUAUGAAUAUACAAAUGUUCCAUUAAAUUUACCUAAACUUGUUAAUGUUAAUGAUACAACACCCGAGAAAAAUCCAGAACAAUUCUGGGGAACAUAUAGAUCAAAUUUAUAUUUUGGAGUUAAACAUAGAAGUGCUCGAUCAUUAGGUGGAGGAUUAAUGUGGUUUGAUUAUAGUAAAUUACAACAAUCAAAUGAUCGAUUUCUUAGACAUUGGUGUGAUCAAAAUGAUCGUUUAAAAUAUGGAUGGACAUAUCAUGAUGGAGAAACAUUUGGUAUUGAACAAAUUAUUGAUGAUAAUUUGCAAUUAAAUAUUCAAUGGCUCAAACAAGUUAGCGGACAUCAUGGAGGAGAUUGGACAACUAGAGUUACUGUUACUCCACAAUCUCUUAAUCGUACAAUACCAAUAUCGUUGUUCUUCUAUUUUCAUCAUGAUCUCCCAUGGAUCGAUGAAAUAAGUCCAAUUUCAAAUCAAUCACCUGAACUGCUAACUGUUCGUGGACAAACAAAUGAACUUGAUGGUUUUACAAUAAAAAUCAAAUUAAAUACACCUUCAAAUCAAGUUAUUGCUCGUACAUUAACUGAUGUAUUUCAAUUAGAUAAAAUUCAUGAAAAUAUUUUAACAAAAUUAGCUUCAACAUCACGUGAACAACCAUAUUUUAUUCUUAAUGAACAACCAUUUAAAGAUUUUGAACAUAAUACAUUUUUUAUACAAUUAACAUUAACACAACCAAUUGCAAGUGAACCAUUUUCAUUUGAUAUUAUCUAUCAAUCGGAUUCAUCCAAUAAUGUACGUGAACAAGAUUUAACAGGAUAUUAUUUUAAUGAAGAAAUAACCCGUUUACAAAAACAAUAUGAUGAACGUUUUGAAAAUAUAUUUCAAUUAAAAACUAAACAAAAUAUGGAUACAAAAAAAAUUCAUUUUGCUCGAUCAGCAUUAAGUAAUUUACUUGGUGGAAUUUCUUAUUUUACUGGAAAAUCAUUAGUAGCAAAACCAAAUCAAAAAGUUCCAGAUGAAUAUUGGACAACAAAUUUAUAUACAGCUGUACCAUCACGUUCAUUUUUUCCACGUGGUUUUGUUUGGGAUGAAGGUUUUCAUAAUCUUCUUAUUGCUCGAUGGAAUAAAAAUAUUACUAUUGAUAUUCUUUCGCAUUGGUUUGAUAUGCUCAAUGAUAAUGGAUGGAUACCUAGAGAAGUUAUUCUUGGUAAUGAAGCUCGUGCUCGAGUCCCCGCUGAAUUUAUUGUUCAACGUACAAGUAAUGCUAAUCCACCAACAUUCUUUUUAACUAUUGAUUAUUUAUUAAAAACAAUUCCAAAUAGUCAACUUUUUAAUUUACCAUUUAUUCAACGUCUUGAAAAAUGGUAUCAAUGGUAUAAUCGAACACAAAAUGGUCCAAUACCAUUAUCGUAUCGUUGGCGUGGUCGUAAUGCAUCAUCAAUAUAUGAAUUAAAUCCUAAAACAUUAACAAGUGGUCUUGAUGAUUAUCCACGUGCAUCACAUCCAACAGAUGCUGAACGUCAUUUAGAUUUACGUUGUUGGAUGCAAUUAGCAUCAUCAGUUAUAGGUAAACUUUAUUCAAUAAUAAAUAAUGAACAAACAAAUCAAUAUUUAAAUUAUGCACAAUUACUUUCAAAUAAUGAACAACUUGAUCAAUUACAUUGGUCGGAACAAUAUGGAAUGUAUGCUGAUUAUGGUUUACAUACAGAUCAUGUACAAUUACAACGUGUACCAAUAGAAAAACCAAAUCCUCAUCAACCACAACAACCAACACAUAUGAUUAGACAAAUAACAAGACAAUCAGAUUUAAAUCUUAAAUAUGUUAAACAUUUUGGUUAUGUUUCAUUAUUUCCAUUAAUGACACGUAUUUUAGAUCCACAAUCAACAAAACUUGAAAAAAUUUUAAAUGAUUUACAAAAUCCUAGUUUAUUAUGGACACAAUAUGGUUUAAGAUCUUUAGCUCAAUCAAGUGUAAUGUAUGGAGUUAGAAAUACAGAACAUGAUCCACCUUAUUGGAGAGGUGCUAUUUGGAUCAAUAUGAAUUAUAUGGUUCUAUCAUCGUUACAACAUUAUGCAAAAACAUCCGGACCAUAUUCUGAUAAAGCUCGUCAAAUAUAUAGUCAAUUACGUACAAAUCUUAUAACAAAUAUGUUUCGUGUUUAUGAAAAAACUGGUCAUAUUUGGGAACAAUAUGAUGAUAAGACUGGCAAUGGACAAGGUAGUCAUCCAUUUACAGGAUGGUCAUCACUUAUUGUUUUAAUUAUGUCGGAACUUUAUGAUGAAUAA